GUCUUCAGUCGCUGUCUCACUUUUGCUUUUAUCGUCAUGACCUCGAAUUUGCUGCAACAGUCAGCUCAUGUUAUCUGACGGCUGCGUUCUUUUUAUGUGUUUCUAUACCAUUAGCUAGGCAUCCUUUCCACGCAUGACCACGAAUCGACUCAUAGCCCGCCAGGCUUCUUUCUUAUCCUUCGCAUGAUGAAGCACACCCCACCGCUCUCUCACGAUAUGCCCAGAUUCCCACGAAUACACUACUUAGACUUACGGGAAACGAAUGGGUCUAAUGGCUGACGCACGGGAAGAGACUAGCCGCUUAUAUGGCCCCCCGAAAAUCACUAUUGUCCCUCAUGAAGGAAUUGAAGAUGGACCACCUCAACUGCAUAUGAGCCGAGUGCCAGGUCAAGCCCAAGCUCUUCGGAUUAUACAGUCUCCUGAGACCCUUUAUCCUGCCUCUCGUUCUACGGAACUGGCGCCUUCCUCAACAGUUUACGAUUCCCAGCGAGUGCAAAGACGAUGGCUGUUCAACGCUCACCCAGAGGCUUUCAUAGGCAGCUCCGAGGCAGCCAGCUUCCUGUCCGAGGGACUGGAUCAGCUCAUGCGCCCCGACGCCGCGCCGACGACUCAGCCACUCAUGACAAUCAGUCAGAUAGCGGAUGUCACCAACCACACACGGGUUGUCCCCGUCCCCGUACUGGCCACGGCUGCCGGCGAGUCGGGUGAGCUCCUCCGUCUAUCCAAGAUUGAUGAGACAAACUGGCAAUGGGGCGAGAACGAGAGCCCUACGCUUCGGAUGUUGAGCAUUGACCAGCACGACAAGGAAGAAUCUGUCUUGUGGUCGAGUGACGGAGCUCCGAUUCUGCAGAUCAAACCUGCGCUGAGCUUGGUCCGGUUCGAGCCGACGAGGUGGCUGCUGGUGCAGAAACGGACUUCCACUACCAUCCUCCAGCCGGAUUACCACAAGGUUCCUGUCUCAGAACGCCCGCCGGGGAUUGAUCAGGCUAUCGAGCGCCCAUCUCGCAUCAACCCGAGACCCGUCCUCACCAUCACCUCGGAGCAGACUGGCGGCUUCGCGCAUUCUGAUGUGUCCUUCAGCUACGGCUCGCAGAAGAAGCCGCCUCAGCUGGCCAUCAUAGACGAGUGCGGCUACUACAGUGUCUGGGAUGUCAAGGGUCGAGACAUGGUGGGAUCCAACGGCCUGCGUCCGAAGCUCCGCCAUUGCGGCCACAUUCACUUGGGUGUUACGGAGCAGCUCCCCGACGAGGACUCGCCGGCUUUCCGCGCAGAGCCCCACGGCGUGAUGUGGAUCGGCGCGGCCGGCCCGGGUGUUGAUCUCUGGGAUGUACCCGAAGGGCAAGAUAUUGAUGCAGGAAACGAUCUGGCCGCCCUGACGUCGAGGUCCAAGAAACUCGUCGUCUGGAACCGCGCAAAAUUCGAGGUCGUCGAUAUCAAAGACUGGACGUUUCGAAAGAGCUUGGUCAUACUCAAGACGGAUGAGCCAGACUACAUCCUCGACGUGAAGCCAAACCCGCUGAACAGGAGUCAGAUCUUCAUCCUCACGAGCUCGGGGUUCUUUUGGAUCGAGACGUCGUCUUCAGGGUCGACAGCCAACAAGGCAGGCGGGCUCUCUACUCUGCAGUCCUUUGCGCACCUCCGAGGCUUGGAUGCCGACAGUCUCAGGCUUACCGUUCAUCACGGCGGCUCUGAGGCGGGAAAUGAGAAAUGCACGGUUUUUCUCUACUCUGACAAAUCACCAGAGGUGGAUGUCUACUGGUUCUACAUGCCUGAAGACACAGGUCUGCCACAGUUUGAGCACCACAUCAUGAAGCUCACGGGCGACGCGACGAAGCUCCAGACUCUGUGUCCAGUGCCGGCUUUCCUGAGAAACCCCUCUCCUGCAACAGCCAAGGGCCCAGGCUUGGAGUACCUCAACCACGAAAUCAGGUUCCAGCAGCUGUUCGUUCUAGGCAGGGACCUCAGCUUGAGUCAGAGCCUGUUCGCAAUCUCGGCCGGUCCUGACUUCGAAGUGGUGCCCCCCGAUAGCAGUCGCGAGUGGUCAAGAGAUGGCCGUAGACAGGCGCACAAUAAGAGGCGAAGACAGUUCCUGCAGCAUUUCGAGGACACUUUUGUCGUCCCCGAUGGGCUGGGUGAUAUGGAUGAGCUGGUGCAGCGUCGCGCCAAUCGGUACCAGGAGCUCAUGGAAAGUGAGCGUGCGGGAGAGGAAGCACAGCUAAAGCAGCGGUGGCCUCGGGGUCUGAACCUGGACCAGUUCGUAUCUCGCAUCAAUGUUUCGAUCGAGUCGGUCAUCAUGGCGUCGGAGCAAGCUACCAUUGAGGGGCCUCUGUCUGUGUUCGGGGCCAUACGGGAAGCAGCCGUCAACUGUCUCGAGACUGAGGGCGGUUAUAUCCCUUUGCAUACUCUGCACGAAUACGAGAAUACCUUUGAAGCACCCCCUCUAUCCAAUGCGGCAGUAGCAGCGUGGGACUCUCGCUUCCAGGAGAUGAUGAACGCGCAGACCGAGCGCGUCAUUGCGCAACCUCUCACAACGCAAUUUCUACACGGCCUGGAAACCUUGUCACCCCUCGCAGACAUUCGCGACCAGCUCGAGGAGAUGUGGAGUCCAGCGGGCCUUCCGCCUAGAGCACAGCAAUCCCGCAACGUUGUGCUAGCAGAAACGGCCGAAGCCAUCGCCAGAUCCCUCUUUGGUGUGGCCAUACUCGACGCGAACCUCCCUACCAGAGAAGACGUGGCCCCUACUUGGGUUCCCGAACCUCCACCCUUACCAAUCCGGCAGCCGAGCCAACGGCCAAGCCAGCGCUUCUCCUCGUCACCCGCAAAGCGAAGCCAACUCUCGUCAAGCCAGCGCCUCUCCCUCUCCCCGACCAAACUAAGCCAGCCCUUCAGCCAGAGAAUCUCUCUAUCACCAACCAAACGCGGCCAAGCCCUCAGCCACCGCCUCUCCUUCUCCCCCUCCAAAGGCUCCCGCUCCCAACAACCCUUCGACAUACCCCCCUCAUCCUCGAUCCCCUUCCCCUCGUCAGGACCCCUAUUCUCCCAAUCCUCCGCCGCCGCCGCCCCCUCCUCCUCAGGCCUCCCAGACGCCGCACCACAAACACCCGCACCCACCACAAUCGCAACAACGGCUCUCCAGCGCUUGAGCAUGCUCGCCGAAGAUAUCAACACCACAGACCCCCAACCCGCCGCCCGCCAACACAAAGUCCUUGCCUACUGGCCCACCGCCCGCGGCGUCAGCACAGAAGGCUACGUCUCCUCCGUUCUUGCGUCUUCCACGAAACACAUGGACGUUCUCAACGAGCGCCGCCACCGCGCCGAAUCGCGCCGGCGGAAGCGCAGAUCACAGUUCCUCGGCGCGUCAUCGCAAUCGCAACACGGGUGGGGGACCAGCGAGAUGGACGACGUUUUCGAGUCAUCUGGGCCUGGAACGGGGCCCGCGACGAAAAAGACGACGUCGAAGACGAACACCGGUCCUCCGGAGUUUGCGCUCCCGCCGGCAACGCAGCCGCUGCCCAAGCUCGCGCCGCCCAUCAUCGGCUCGAGCCAGCUUCCACCCAUGCCGUCUUCGCAGGCUAUUUUCUCGUCGCAGAUGCCGGUCGUCAUGUCGCAACCUAUAUCUGGGAGGCACGGGAUGCGGUCGCCGGGGAAGAAGAAGAAGAGAAAGUCUGGUUUUUAAGGGUGGACUAACCUUGAGGGUCUGGGACAUGGGAAAGAAGGUCUGCCUUGGGUCACUGUGUUUGAGAUUGAUAUCAUCCUUUUGCCAUCAAGCAAUAGCUGUAUCAGAGAUAGAUGAUGAUACGCCAAUCAUAAUAAAUGCACCUGAAAUCCCAGACCUCAAACUUGCUCUUGUAAGGUGAGCCAACAGCACGAACGGGAGAAUAUUUCAUUCCCGUAACGUAAGCCUACCU